GCGCGCAACAAUAAUAAAUCACUCAAAGCGUGGACCGUCGCGUGGCAGAACCUGGGCGGUGACUUCCUUCCCGUUCAUCACCGAGGCCCCGCUAUCGGCCCGCCCUGGACGCGUCUGGUCGCGUCACUUCUCCAGUUGACGCCUACACGCGACUGAUUGCACUUAUUGAGCGACAUGGCGUCAGAUGAUGGUGCCAAAGCAGAGCGCGAAGAGCGACUCAAGUCAGCCCUGUGGUACUCCAUCGGCCAGUUUGUUGACGAGAAGUCGUUGGAGAACGAUCUCAAUGCAACGCCACAGUUCAUCGGUGCCCUAACUGAGCUUGUAUACACUCAAAUCGCAAACACAGCCCGCGAUCUCGAGGUCUUCUCCAAGCACGCCGGUCGCAACACAAUUAACCCUGACGACGUGUUGCUCCUCGGAAGACGUAAUGAGCAAUUACAAGGCCUGCUAGAGAGGGAGCUCGAGGACAUCAGAGCAGCUGAGGGCAGGCGGGCUGACGGUCAGCCAGCAGCUCGCGCACAGCCAGCAGCACCCACAGCAGGGAAGAAGCGAGGAAGGCCUGCGGGAACUGGAAAAGGCAAGGCGAAAGCUUGAGAAUGCUGCAAGAUUGAGCCUGGGGCUUAUAUGAACUAUUGAUGCAUUGGGAGUUUUGGAGUUGUGGUAUGAUACCCUCAAGCAAGCCUAGACACGGCGCACUUUGCACACAUCUUACAUACGCGGAUAACAGUGAACGUCUGGAGAGCCUAUAAAUCAUGCAAUUCUCAUAUCCUUUGAGUAUGCCUGUAGUUGUUGAGCCUGCCCUCAGUGCGGUCAGCAAGGCACUGCGACCAGACCCUGCAUGCGAGGAAAGCGCCGGACCCAAUCGUCCGUCAACAAGGCCGCGCUUCACAAACCCGUC